CAUAUAUGAUACACACGCAUAUACAUUUUAUAAUAUAUAUAUAUAUAGAGAGAGAGAGAGAGAGAAAAGAAAGGGAAAGGGAGAGGGAGAUGAGAUACAGGGGAAAUAGAAAUGAAUGUGAUCUGAUGAUGGGCAUAAUGUGGGUAAUUGUGAUUGUGGGGAGUGGGGUAAUAGGGGUGGAAGGGUCGAUCCACGAAUAUGGGAAUGAGGCUUUCAUUCCUCGCUUCAAUUCCUUCUUCUUCCAUGGCGGCAGUGAAGGGCUUUACGCUUCUAAGGUGCAGCAGGAACACGACCCUCCCAAACCCUCUCCUGAAGACGCCAAUAAACCACUCAAUGGCAAGUCAUUCAUCAGAUUUGAGUCUAUCACCUUUAGAAGGACAAAAGAGGCUGCAAAUACGCAAAAUGAGAUGCAGCAUAGUACGGGAAUGGUUGAGGCCAUUAUACUGGACGUCAAAGAUAGGGAUAGAAUUGGUGGCUAUUAUCUGAACUCUGAUGCAAUAUGCUGCACCCCAAAUCUUGCCAAAGAUGGAUUGUGUAAGGUAGGAGAGGUUAUCAUACGCCAAGAUCCUGACAACCCCGGGUGGCCUAAACGAAUUCAGACUUCUUUUGAGGGAAAAAAUGAAGAAGCGUAUAUGAUGCUUCAAAACAUUGAAAUCAAUAAGACGGGAAUGUAUUAUCUAUAUUUCAUGUUUUGCAACCCAGAACUCAAGGGCACAUUGAUUAGUGGAAAGACUGUUUGGAGAAAUCCAGAAGGUUAUCUACCGGGGAAGAUGGCACCACUUAUGACAUUUUACGGCCUGAUGUCACUGGCGUACCUCAUUCUUGGUCUCGUAUGGUUUUUGCGGUUCUCGCGAUACUGGAGGGAUAUAAUACAAUUGCACUACCACAUAACUGCUGUUAUUGGGCUUGGAAUGUGUGAAAUGGCUCUUUGGUAUUUUGAAUAUGUGAAUUUUAAUUCCACAGGAAGCAGGCCAAUGGGAAUUACCAUUUGGGCAGUUACCUUCAGUGCCAUCAAGAAAACCGUCUCAAGGCUACUUCUUCUAGUGGUUGCGAUGGGUUAUGGUGUUGUGCGACCCACCCUAGGAGGUAUAACCUCGAAAGUACUACUUCUUGGUGUGGUAUACUUUCUGGCUUCUGAAGCUCUUGAGCUUGUCGAGCAUUUGGGAAAUAUCAAUGACUUUUCUGGAAAGGCAAGACUCUUUUUGGUACUACCAGUUGCUUUACUGGAUUCCUGCUUCAUCGUCUGGAUUUUUUCAUCAUUAUCGAAGACUUUAGAGAAACUUCAGGUUCGGAGAAGCCUGGCCAAACUUGAGUUGUACAGAAGGUUCACCAAUGCUCUUGCCAUUUCGGUUCUGCUUUCUGUUGCCUGGAUAGGUUAUGAGUUAUACUUCAAUGCAAGUGACCCUUUGAGUGAAUUGUGGCGAAGAGCCUGGAUUAUUCCGGCUUUCUGGAUUUUAUUAGCCUAUUUGUUGUUGGUGAUGAUAUGUGUUCUCUGGGAUCCUUCAUAUAACCCUACCAGAUACACGUACUCGGAGGAAACUGGCGAUGAUGAGGAAGAGGCGUUGUCCCUGACAGCCAGUGGGGUAAAAAAAGUGGCAGGAGAUUUUGCGAGCAAACUGGAAAGGAAGGAAAGGAAGGCAUCAAUGUCAACAGAGCAUGUGUUUGGACUAGUAGAAGAUAUCGAGGAGGACAAGAGAGAAUGACCUUUUCAUCUUCUUCGCCAUUGGUUGUCCAUUCCUUCAUACAGAAGUUUUCCUAGACGCGCUAACCACUCCUUUCACAUUUUCUGUAAAACGCUCGAGAACAGACUGCAAUAAACGCCUGGGCAGAGGCUUGAUUUUGUGUUAGAAGACAGAGGAGCUGAAGGAGAUUUGACAGAAAACCGUUAAACUACCGAAAGGGUUGGUGAAAGAUGAGGGUUAUAGACUUAUAGUUUCAUUUUGUGAAGGUCAAGAGCUGAGGUCUCAUAUAGAGGUCACUGAAACAACUAUGGCAUAUUCAAAGGGUAGUUAAUUGAUAAACUAUUGUGUGUGAAAAGCUUGAUAAUGAAUUAGGUUGUGUUUAGACCUAUGGUUUAUCAUAUCUGGUAUCCCAUACACAAAAUUCUUGAUUGUUCAUCUGAUAUUCAUUUGAAGAAA